AUGGCUGGCAGCCGCAAAUACGAAAUCGCGGCUGCGCGCGACAAGGCCAUCGUCGCCGCCCAGGGUAUUUUUGAUAGAUGGAACCUGAUCGUGAACCAUGUAGACUACCAGGGCUUUGAGCGCCAAGUCAUGCGCAUCGGCAAAGUCGUUGACACGUCGCUCAGCCCGCCGUCGUACCUGCUCCCUGACUUCCUCGGCGAUGUGUCUCGUACCAUCAACAUCAGCUACCUUAAACCAUUCCCGCUGAACACGACAGUCCUCGUCCACGCCCAGGUCUACCACAUUGGCCGCACAAUGGCCAUGAUCAAGGGCCGCAUGACAAGUGAGGACGGCAAGACGGUGUACGCAACAUGUCAUGGUGGCCAUGGCGACGCCAGCACACCAGCUGGCCCAUCGCGUGAAAUGGGAUGA